AUGUCUCUGGAUAAACCCCUGCUGUCCAAAAAUCACAGGCGUCUUUCCAUCAGCAUCCCUCCAAACCAGGGGCUUGGUGGGGAGGAAGCGUCAACGAAACAGGCUGAAUCCACAGAAACCAAACCGAAAACAGGCCCCCAGCCCGAGUCUGGCGUUUAUUCUGCUGUUCCCGGAACACCCAGUGUGCUGACGCCACAGGGCCAGCCUCCACAAGCUCAAUCCAGUUUUCCCCAAGUUUCUAGCGGUUCUGGAAGCCAAAAUAGCACGGGACAGGGAUCUCUGGCUAAUCACAGCUCUGCUAAUGUUGCUGAAGGUCCCAGCGUGAUCAACAAGCAGCUUUUGUCGAAGUUGAACAAGUCUUUGAAGGAGAAGCAGCGGAUCAUUAACAACAAGACAGACUCGAGGAAUCCCGCUUUGAUCCAGGAUAUCGUGACCACGCUGCCACAGCAUGCUACGUUUCCAGGUAACGUGAGCUCGGAAAAGGCCGAGAAAGAGAAGGACGACAAGGCCGACAGUGGAGCCAAUGACAAGGGAGAAAACGGUAACGAUGAACAUCUACAUCCGCCAGGGCACAGCCGAACAGAAACACCGCUUCUGGGCUUGCCGUCUGUGAACGGUAAGCUGGAUCAAGACACGAAAACCAAGACGAAGAAGCGAAUUGCCAAGCAGAACUCCACCCGAACCGACUUCUUCGCUGCUAAGCUCGCCUCGGCUGUAGACGACGUGGACACGUCUGACAGCGACGAGACGUUCGUUUACGAAAACAGCAACAACGAUUUCGACGGCAGCAACGGCGGCGGCGUUGCAGGACCAGCCAUUCUACAUCCAGACGACAACGACAUCAACAAGCCUCCCACGGGGAUCUCUCUCGUUCAAGACAAUAUCAGCGCCGCUGCUAGUCUAAGAAACCCUACGCCGCUUGGCCUGAUAGCCCACAGUCCGUCGGUGGAAGCACGCAAAGAGCUCGGCGACGAGAACACCACUAAUAACCAACAACAGCAUAAUCAACUAGCGCCUGCGGGGCCUCCUCGAGCCGAGCUGAUCCACUCUGUCCAAUCGUCAAAAUGGAAUCUCAGAAGUACCGUCGGGACAUCCAAUACUACACCUCCUUCAACAACGGCUUUGCGUGGACAGCCUCAACAACCCAACGUCAUGAACGUUUAUGGACUGGGUCUGGGCUCCACCUCCGAUGUCCAUCUGUACGCCAACCCGUACAUUGACCAGAACAAGACGUCCAAUCACAAGGCGGGCCGCAAGUCCAGCUCGAACUCUUUGGUUAAUCACGAGAAAAGCAGCAUUCAUCCUCACCAAUCACCACGUUACGCAGCCUCGAAUCAGAACUUUGGGCUGUCUUUGAACUCUCCUGUGGCUCCCAGCGUCAAUGGUGACCGCUACAGUUUCGAAGAUGGGAUCAUGGGCGACGAGGUAUCGUACCAAGGCGACGCUGCGCUGGUUUGCACUGAAUUCAACAACACAGUCACACAAAACUCGGAAAGCGCUAAACCAGAUGAUCAUUUGGCCAGCCGCAGCUCCGACAGAAACCAACGGUCUUCAACGACAUCGCUGAAGCUUCGCUCGACCACUUCCAAGUUGUUCGACAAGAAGGGCGCCCAGCCUCGCCGCUACAGCAUCAUCCCCGACGACAUCGACAUUGAGGAUUUCGAUGACGACCUAAUUUAUUACGACAACAACAUUCGCUUUCCCUACAACAGCCAGAAUGGCAGCCACCUCAACGACACCGCGUCGUUGCUCAAUAAUAAUCACCACAGAAUGACCCACUACCGCUCGUUGAACUUGUCCAAUCCUGGCCCUCGCCAGCAGCAGCUGCUCAACAACAAGCGAUAUGCGUCAAUGGGCUUCCCUUCGCCCACAAGAAACACAAGGGGACCUUCGCAGGGCAACAUCUAUCCCUUCCCGUACCUGGACCAGAAGUACUAUUUUGAUCCUGAAAACUACGACGAGGAAGCGAACAUCGAAAGUCCUGACGAAAUACAAAGCAAGUCUUUCUUCAAUGGCCGGAAUAAGCUCUCUCCGAGCAACACUCACUUUAGACUACCCCGGAAGGUGUCUAGCGAUAGCAUGAAAGGCGGUCAUGUUAGAUGCUUGAAGAGCUUUGUCUACACCAUGGUGAGCAUCUUGAUGAUUCUUGCCAUUGGCUUCGUGCUGGGUUUCCUUCUUGCGUCCACCAAGGACCUCUCCAAUCUAUCUAUCGUGGGUGUCGAGGACGCUCUUGUCAGUCAAGACGAGUUGCUCUUCAAUGUUGUCGUUGAAGCACUCAACCCCGGCUGGUUCACGAUUUCCAUCGAGGACAUUGAGAUUGACAUUUUCGCCAAAAGUGGCUACGUCCAGGACCCCGACCCUGGAGUUGCCAAGGAUCACUCGGUGGAGACGGUGCUUCUCGGCAGCGUUACCAGCUUCGAGACGAUAUUGGAUUUCCAGGGAAGCUUCUUCCAGCGUGACUACCAACAGCAGUCUGGAGAGAUCAAGUUGGUGGCGCCGGGAAGAAACCUUACAGGAAGUAUCGACUCGGCGAUCUUGCAAAAAAGCUUGGGCGGGUAUGACGAAACAGAGACGCCUCCGGACAACUCGGAAAAAUGGGAAGUCAUCCGGAAACAUCCGUUUGAUCUCAUCUUGCGGGGUGUUUUGAAGUACAAAUUGCCUUUGUCAAGCAGCGAGAAGUCGGCGACGGUGAACAAGGUCAGCUUUAUUGACCCGAACACGUCACAGGGCCUUAUUUAG